CUUAUUGUCGGGGAGGUAAUAAGUGUUCAAUAUCGUACGAAAAUCUGCGUAAAUCGUGCUCAAUAUUAUUUCUUUCUCUGAGUUUUACACAAAUAAUUUUUCUAUAAACCUCACUAAUUGUAGGCAAAAUGGUCAAAGCCGGAGAGAAAAAGGGCAAAAGUGCUAUUAAUGAAGUGGUUACCCGUGAAUACACGGUCAACCUUCACAAACGUUUACACGGCAUUGGUUUCAAAUAUCGAGCCCCGCGUGCGAUCAAAGAGAUUAGAAAAUUCGCCGAAAAGCAAAUGGGAACUCCCGAUGUACGAAUCGACACCCGCCUGAACAAGCAGCUUUGGUCAAAGGGAAUUAGAAACGUACCUUUCCGUGUCCGUGUGAGGCUGAGCAGAAGAAGAAAUGACGACGAAGAUUCAGUAAACAAAUUAUACACUCUUGUUACGUACAUUCCCGUCGGUACCUUCAAAGGCCUUCAAACGGAAAAUGUAGAUGCGAGUCAAGAUUAAUUUAUCAAUAAAAAACUUCGAUCAUUAAUUCUAUGAUAAAUAAUUUAUUUGAUUUUCUCGAAUUUAAAACCAUUUUUUAGAAGAAGGCUUUUAAAUAUUACUCCAUUUUUAAUAUUCUACGGAAAAAGAUUGGGAAAUAAUCGCAAAUUUUCUAGUGUAAAAUUAACCCAAAUUGAUAGUAAUUUGGUUUUAAACUUGUGUGAUAUCAUUUCAAAUGAUUAAGUUAUGUGUAAACGAAUUUCCCAAAAUCUAUUUAGUAUGUCGCAAAUUAUCUCUAUUUUAAAGUGAAAACAUGUCUAUUAUAAGAGAAUAUAGUUAUCUGUUUUUGGACAACCUGAGAGUAUGCACUUUUUAAGAGAUAAUUUAGGCAUCAAUUGAUAAUCUAAAUGAAUUAAUGGUAAUUCUUAAUAUUGAUUAAAUUGACAAAUUAAGAUUAUUUAUAAAUUCCAUGGUAAUAGGAAGUAAUUUCACAAUAAGGUUAUUGAAUUCUUUAAAAACUUGGUCAUAUUCUUGGAUCUAAAUUUAAAUUGCAUAUAUGUAUAUAAUUGGUAUUUGAGGCGUUCUCUCGAAGAACGACCCAAGUACAAUUUGGUCGUUUCGAGAAACAGUGAUAUGAAAAUUCAACAUUGUACUACUCAUCCUUAAAUUUAACUAAUCAAUUUUGUUGUUGAUAUAUUGCAGACAUAUACUGUCGAAUAAUGGAUUAAAAGCAUAAAAUCGUGAAUAAACAUUAUUUAAC